UUAUCUUGCUCAAACGGCGAAAAAAAUUGGUGGUGUUCGGUUGUACGUCGCGCAAAGUCCCGCAAGUCCGCAGAGCAAAAUAUAUCUCAGAAAAUCGCAAGUUUACAGAUUCACUUCAGCUUACGGUGUGUAGCAGAGCCACUUAAAAGUAACGACCGGAAGAAAUUCAACAAUACGCAUUGCAAAUGCAAGUCUAAAGUGUGCGCAGGCAAACGCAGUGAGAAAGGAAACAGCGAAGCACUGAAUUGUUAAUUAACGUGUAAUAACAAUCCGGCAAAUAAACCCGAUACCGAAUCCGAUCUACAGCAGAAAAACCUUAGGCACCCAAUAAAUAUACGUCUCUUAAUGCAUCAGCUAAGCAACAGUAUUUUUGCUCAACAUUAAAUGUACGAAAACUCCCAAGGCAGAAGAAUACUAGACAUAUUUUCAUAGCCGUGAUUAUUUGUUGCAUUUGGAUAGAAACACUGAAGAUACGAGCAGCAAAGAGAACGCAGCGAGCUUAAGCCAACAACGUAGUACGACUAGCAAAAGACACCACCAAUUUAAUUUUUAUCUAGAAAACCAUACAAUACCGCAAGCAAAGUAGCCAAAAUCUCUUAUGUAUAGUAUAUGUAUCGAUCAUUUAUGAUUGACGUAUAGCAAAGUUAUAUUUACAAAACCCAUAACUUAGUCGGAAAGUGUGCCCAUAAAAAGACAAAAUCCACUGCUGCGAUACAGACCGCUGAUUACGGUCAGAUCCAGAUACAUUUUCAUCUAAACCGAGUUAAGAAAAAGGCAGCAAAAUAGAUACCAUGGAAGACAAUAACACGAGCAGCAGUGCGGGCGGUGCGUCCAUCAAACACGAGGAUCCAUCGGUGACACUCACAAUAAGGCUGAUUAUGCAAGGAAAGGAAGUUGGUAGUAUUAUUGGUAAAAAGGGUGAAAUUGUCAACAGAUUUCGUGAAGAGUCUGGUGCCAAAAUCAACAUUUCGGAUGGCUCAUGCCCGGAACGUAUUGUGACUGUGUCUGGUACAACUAAUGCAAUCUUUUCGGCAUUUACGCUCAUUACAAAGAAGUUCGAAGAGUGGUGCUCGCAGUUCAAUGAUGUAGGCAAAGUUGGCAAAACUCAAAUACCCAUUCGAUUGAUUGUGCCCGCCAGUCAAUGUGGAUCGUUAAUUGGCAAGAGUGGUUCAAAGAUCAAGGAAAUUCGCCAGACCACGGGCUGCUCCAUCCAAGUGGCCAGUGAAAUGCUGCCCAAUUCGACAGAGCGGGCGGUUACCUUGAGCGGCAGUGCCGAGCAGAUUACCCAGUGCAUCUAUCAGAUAUGUCUUGUCAUGUUGGAGUCCCCGCCACGUGGUGCUACCAUCCCGUACCGACCAAAACCGCAGGUUACUGGCCCCGUCAUCCUGGCCAAUGGACAGGCCUUCACCAUUCAAGGAAACUACGCAGUGCCCACACAAGAGACCUGUCCAGUAUUUCCACUUGCUCUGGCUACCGGCGGUCUACAUGCUGGUAUCUCAGGCUUGGCGGAUCCUUUGUUAAAGGGGGCACAUUUACAAGGAGCGAUACCAGCACACCACCAUCACCUACAGCAAAUGCCCGAUGUGGCGAAGAACCCGCUGGCCAGUCUGGCUGCCUUGGGUCUGGCUGGGAUGAAUCCGGCCAGCACCGGGGGCAUCAACCACACAGGUGAGUUGAGCGCUUCUGCGGCCAGAUGCCAGACAGAUUUCCAAUCUAAUCUAGGCUCUGCCCCAGCAGCCUUGGCUGCACUGGCUGGGUCGCAACUGCGUACAGCGAAUCCCGCGAACCGAGCCCAGCAGCAGCAGCACGAGAUGACCGUCUCGAACGACCUGAUUGGCUGCAUCAUCGGCAAGGGCGGCACCAAGAUAGCCGAGAUCCGCCAGAUCUCCGGCGCCAUGAUCCGGAUCUCGAACUGCGAGGAGCGCGAGGGCGGCAACACCGACCGCACCAUCACCAUCAGCGGCAAUCCGGACUCGGUGGCCCUGGCCCAAUACUUAAUCAAUAUGAGAAUAUCAAUGGAGACUGCUGGUCUGCCCAUACCCGGUUACCACUACAUUGCGCCCAGUGCAAUUGUUAAAACACCCAUUCACUAAAUGCAACAAUUAACCGCAAGCUAUACAACAGCCACGCAGCCAACUGAAGGUGGCCAGAUCCUGGCUGGAGGAUGCUGGAUCGAGGAUGGAGGAUGGAGCAGGACACAGACAGAGAAGCAGCAGAAACAUGAAACAUAAACGUCAAAUGUUAAAUCAUAAGCAAUAUAACAAAAAAAAAAAGGAAAUUUAAGGAGAACAGAACUCAUACGACACUGUCAGCGAUCACACAUUGAAUACAUUACACUCAUACCCCCAGACACACCAUACUCAUAGACAGACUCGAAGAGAACCAUACAUACACGUUAUAUUUAUUCAUUGAUUCUUAUUAAUUAUGAUAUUUUUCAUUAAGUUUUAAAUGCAAGGGCAAAACAAAUACAAGAACUUUUAUGUUAAACCGUUUUCAAGGGGGCCCAAAGGAUCACGUGUGGCCACCUAAAGUAAGAACAGAACAGCAAUUAAUUGUAAGAUUAGUCAAAAUGAAGACAAAAUAAAAAGUAUAAAAAUCAAUUAACCACGUAAACAUACAAAAAUGCGAAAACGGCAGCAAUUUCAAAAUGCAGUUAAUUCUAAGCCAACUAUUUGUGCAUGAGCAUGACCAAAAAAGAAACAACAAACACAAGAAAAGCAAGAAAAACAAAAACAAAAAGUAAAAGUAAAAGUUAAAGAAAGAAAAGAAAAGAAAUGGAAAAAAGGAGAACGGAUAUGGAUAUGGAUGAGACAUUGAACAGACAAGCAAACAAACCAAGCAAGCAAAGACAGACAGAUAGAUGAUUACAGACACAACAUAAAUUAUAUUUACAGCAAAUUGCAUCUAGCAUCGAUGUUUGCGUUUGUUAGUUGUUUGUUUAUAUGUAUACAUAUAUAUUAUAUAUAGACACGGCGAUAUAUUGAUAUGAUAAUUUUUAUUUUAUUAUUUCUAUUAUGGUAAUUGUUAUCGAAAUUGUAUUUGUGAUUUUUGAAUAUGUUUAGACUGAUGUGCAAAAUUAAUUCUGUUUAUUAAUUACAAGUAAACUACACAUAACAAAUUAUGGACUAAUUACUAGAUAUCUCUCUCUUUCGUUCUAUAUUCUAUGAAUUUACUCAUUUAUUCAAAAUUAGAUUUAAUUUGUUGACAGCAACAAACAUUGAUAAACAAAAAUCUAACUAGCAAAAGGAUUUCCAAUUGAAUAUCUUAUCAAAAAUGUUGUAGUUUCUUUCGUUUGGUUUCUAGUGAAAAUGCCUACUGCUGAAUGGUAAACCACAUUUAAUCUACUUACAAAUUAGCGAAAACAAUUCGAAUUACAAUAAUAAUUUAUAAGCACUUUUGCGGCGAUUUAAAAGACUUUCUGAAGCGUUGAAAAAAACGAGAAAUGGAUUUAAAUAUUAUAUUACAAUUAUGCUUAAAUUAAAGUAUAAUUUAAAUUUAUUAGCUGUUAAAUUUAUACGCAAAAAAAAAACUAAAAAACAAAACAAAAAACAACCACAACAAAAGAGAACAUCAAAAAUAAACUGAUUUUCAAUGUUAAAAUUAAAUUAAUUUUAUUCUAAUUUAGUUCAUAGGCUGGGCAGUUAAAACCAAAAAAAAAAACAACAAAACACAAGUGUGGUAAUUACUUUAAGUCACACUAAAACGUUUAGUUACUUACAAACACUAAUUCACAACAAAGCCCCUGGAUAUGAGCUAAACGGUGUCGAAAACCGAAGGUGAAAGCGAGAGCAUCAGUUUGCAAAAUGGCAAAAUGUGUCAAAUUUUAUUAUACAUAUUAAUUAUUUAGUAAGAAAAAUUAUCAAAGCAUAAAAGAAAACAAAAAACAUAUCCACAGCAACCGAAAACCAAUCUAACCACAACUUAUUAUACUAUCCAACAUGAGAUUCAAAAUGAACAAGUUAUAAAUCCAAUCAAUGCAUACAUAUAACGGUAAACAUAUCCCAGAGAACGCAAUGCAUAAAUCUAUAUAAAUAUCUAUGAUUUAUUACUACCCCACAUGUUAUCGCGGUAUUUACUUUUGACAUGAAGAAUUGAUUGAUCUUAAGUUUCAUCAGCCAUUAAUAAUUUACCAUCUUCCGCUCACACAAAAAAGACAAACUUAUGAAACAAAAAAACUUGAUUACAGGAAAUUGUUAAUAGCAUAAAGAUUAAUACUAUAAAUAAAUAAACAUGUAAACCACAAUAGGACGAGCCUAGCCAAAAAAUUAAGCUCCUCUUGUUGAAAAUACCGAUGAACUACUCGAGGAUCGAGCAUCAGGCAGGCGGUGGAUAAAUGAUAUCAUAUGGCGAAACUAUUUCGUGAUUUUAGUGACAAAUAUAUUUCGCUGACGACAAACAAUUUGAAGCAAUCAUUUUGAAAUCAAGAACUUCGGUUCCCAACUCAAGUCGGAACGGAAGGAAAAAGAAAAUGUUGAGAAACAGAAAAGAAAAAACAGUCAAGAAACCGUAUAUCUAUAUAUAAAUAAAUGAUAUAUCUAUAUAUAAAUAUACAUAAAUUAAAUAUAUACUUAUUAUUAUGUACACUUGUAUUUAAAUGUAUUUGAAAUAUUUAGUAAAUUUUUUGCGCAAGUUACACAAAAAGAAAAAAAAAAAUAACAAACAAAAACACUAAAAAAAGAUGAAGGCGGCUAUGGAGAUAGACGGGUCAACAGUGGCUAAGUGGGAUUAUUUGUAAUAUAAAAUUAAUGAAAGGGAUAAUUAAUUUAUGUGUAUGUGUGUAUAAGAGAAAUAGCUCAAAAAGAUUUCACAAACAAUUUUUACUAAAUAUGCGUGUAAUUAAUGUAAUUAUUAACGACAUUUUGUUGAUAUCUUGUAAAUUUGCAAAGGAAAAAUACGUGUAAGAAAAGCAAUUUUAAUGGUGCCUUAAAAACCAAACCAAGCAAAUUUCUUCUAGCCUGCCUUGCCUGCCCCCCCUCAGCGAACUCAGUACUCAACUGGAUGGCAUGUGAGUUUUCCACUCCUUUCUCCCACUCUUCUCGAUACUUCCCACGGGCUCCAUAGUGUUUUGGCCGAUCCGAUCAGAUCGGAUCGGACCAAGUGGCAGGACCCGCUGAUAUCGUGCGAUAUGCUUAACUAAAGCUGUGUUAUCGUUUCGACAUAAGAACUUAUCCCUUUUAGCGACACGUGGUGACGGUGACCCACACAAUUGCUCAAAGCUAUCCGAGUCUGUGCACAGUUGCCCGUUACACUUCGAUUCGACUUCGACUUCGACUUCGAUUUCGAUUUCGAAUUUGAAUUAGAAUCCGAGUUUGAUUUGGAUUCGGUUUACAAGCGAACUUAGCUGCAAGAACAAGAACACGUAGUGGACGUACGACACUGAGACCCAAGAGAAUAUCAACAAUUAGCCCGAGCAAAUGAAUACCCAGAACACAAGCAAAACAACAAACAUAUUAUUAAUAUUAUAUACAUAUACAGCAAACCAAACACACAUAUUAAUGUUUCUCUCAGUGUAAUUACAAAUCACUUGAAUGUAUUUGCUCACACUUUUACAAUACAUGUCGAAGAACUCUACACAAUAAGCAACAAACGUAAAAGCAUUUAAGGCACUUGAUCGGUCGAAUGAAUUGGAUCGUUGGAUGGAUGCAAGGUCAUUGUUAAAGAAACGCAACUGUAGGAAAAGAGCAUAAAAAAAAACAGUAUAAAGGAAAACCAAUCCAAACAAAAAAAAAACAAA